GUGUUUUGGGUGUACCUUAGGGCGCUCUGUGCCGCAGGGCAGCGCCGUGUUUGACUUCUCGGGCACGGGCCCCGAGGUGCUGGGGAACUGGAACGCGCCGCGCGCCGUCACCCUGGCCGCCAUCAUCUACUGCCUGCGCUGCAUGGUGGGGCAGGAGCUGCCGCUCAACCAGGGGUGCCUGGCCCCCGUGCGCGUGCUCAUCCCCAAGGGCUCCAUCCUGGACCCCUCGCCCGAGGCCGCCGUGGUGGGGGGCAACGUCCUCACCUCCCAGCGCGUCGUGGACGUCAUCUUCAAGGCCUUCGGCGUGUGCGCAGCCUCCCAGGGCUGCAUGAACAACGUCACCUUCGGCACCGCCCGCUCCGGGUACUACGAGACGGUGGCGGGCGGCGCCGGCGCGGGCCCUGGCUGGCACGGCCGCAGCGGGGUGCACACGCACAUGACCAACACCCGCAUCACCGACCCCGAGAUCCUGGAGCAGCGGUACCCGGUGGUGCUGCAGCGCUUCGGGCUGCGGGCGGGCUCGGGAGGCGCCGGGCGCUGGCGCGGCGGGGACGGCCUGGUCCGGGAGCUGCUGUUCCGGGAGCCGCUGGAGCUGGCGGUGCUGAGCGAGAGGAGGGUGCUGAGGCCCUACGGGCUCCGCGGGGGCAGCCCCGGUGCCCCAGGCCUGAACCUGCUGCUGCGCCGCGACGGGAGAACCCUCAACCUGGGGGGCAAGAGCUCCGUGUCGGUGGAGCCGGGGGACGUUUUCCGCCUCCUGACCCCCGGUGGCGGCGGCUUCGGAGCCCCCGAGGACGGGCCCGGGGCCGGGGAUGGGGCUGGGGCUGAGGAUGGGGCCGGGGACAGAGCCCGGGGGGGGGGCCCGGUGCCACCGCCCCCCCCCAGCUUCACCGAGCGCGGGAGCGUCUUCGAGUACCGGCGGGCGCAGGAGAGCGUCUGAGGGGCUGCCCCACAACUGCGGCCAUGGGGCUGCCCCACGGCACACAGCGCACCCCAUGGGCUGCCCCACAACUGCGGCCAUGGGGCUGCCCCACGGCACACAGCGCACCCC